AAUGGAAUGCCCGCGGCCGGAAUCGAACCUGAGACACUUCCCGCCAUGCCAUCCAACGGCUCAGAGCUGUCGCAUACGUGGCAGGCAAUCAACGGCUCUCCUUUGGUUUCAUGGGGAAGCUAUGGCGAUGGUGGUGGCGCGCGUCCUCGCGGUCGAAGUAGGGCUCCUGGCGAGGAAUUGAUCGCAGCCCAAGUCGGGAAUCGGUGGGGAUCAGCUGCCCAGGUGGAGAAUUUGCGUCGAAGAUUGGCGAAAUCGAUGAUGCACUUCCGGAGCUUCGAAGAGUUCUGGCCCUUUUACAUGAAUCAGCACUCCAAGCCGACGACGCGGCGAUUGCAUUUCUUGGGCACGAGCUGCGCGACGAUCCUGCUGGUGGGCGCGCUGCUGAUUAAGUGGUGGCUCUUCUUCCUGGUGCCAGUGGUGGGCUAUGGAAUGGCGUGGUACAGCCAUUUCUUCGUGGAGGGCAACACGCCGGCCACAUUUGGGCACCCGCUCUGGUCGUUUAUGUGCGAUUGCAAGAUGUUUGGAUUGAUGCUCACUGGAAACAUGGACAAGGAGAUCAAGCGCUUGGGGAAGAGGCCAAUCUCACAGGAGGGUGGUGGAGCAGCCCGCAAGGAAUGAAAUUUUCUUCCAACUUUCAGAUGAUUAGCCGUUUGAUUUGAUGAUCCCGUUUGUAUAUAAAGCCGCCGAUCCCAUCGCUGUUUAUAGCCCACUCUUAUCUCUGGAGAUUCUAUCAUCUAUCCAUUUCAUCCGCUAAAAUCUACUGCUAGUUACAAGAUUUAUAUGUCCAUUCUGGCGGCCAUAGCCUAACCGCUUGCAACCACCGUAGAGAAUUCCCUCCUCUCAUUCUUCCCUAAAAAAGAUUCUCAGCCAACUAGGGCUACUUUGGGGGCCCGAUCGAGUCUGCGCUUUCUUGGGUCCUCAGUCACGGGCAUUUGGAGACGUGGGUCGCGCCCCUCGCAAUCGCCCACAUCGCCAUUCCUCUCCUCCAUUCCUCCAAGCUUUCAUUCCUUCCUUGGUUAUGUUUAUAAGCAGGCUCUUUGAAAGACAGAGGAAGCCAAGAGAAAGCUUUCCAGCGUUAAAAGGUACCUAGAAGAAAAAGGCUUCUCCCUCUCUCGAUUCUCAUACCAAAAGAAAGGAAGAAAGGAUCACAGCGAUAGCAAGGAAAGGAAAAAAAAAUUCUCCGGAGCUAUGACAGUAGCUAAGGUACAUCCGCUAAACAGGAGGCAAACGAUGGUCGUCGUCUAUGAUAUCGAGGCCGCCGCUAGCGCCGUUCCAUCCACCGUGACGAGCAGCAAGCCACUCAAGCGGAUGCCACACCUGUUUGCCAAAGUUCUCCAGCUCCCCUUUCGAUCUGACAAGGACGUCGAGGUCCACGAGACUCCAGAGUGUUACAUGUUUGCGAUCCAGCACUCGGGCCUGGCGGCGGAGGAUGUCCGGGUCCAAGUUCUCGAGAUCGUCCCUGGAGCUGUCAAAGUGGUGGUCGGGCUGCUAUCUUCUUCUUCCGACGAGAAUCAGGUCGACUGCUGGAGGUUUCGGCUCCCACCCACGACCUCGCCAGAGGCGACCCGGGUGGAGUACUCGGACGAAGUUCUCCUUGUCACGGUUCCAAAGAUCGAAGCCGGGGGUCUGGACAGACUUGUGGCUCCUGCCUGAGAUGGUCACCACCGUAGAGUUUUCUCUUGUAGCAUAUCUCAUCUGGAAUAAAGUCUGGUUUUCCCGUC